AUGGUGACUCGUCCUCGCAUCAAUGGGGGUUUGGGUGUGAGGGAAACAAGGUUUAGAAACAUAUCUCUGCUAGGAAAAUUGAUAUGGCAUCUCCUGAAUAGCCCUGGUAAAUUAUGGGUGCGAAUGCUACCCAAGAAAUAUAUGAAGAAUAAGUUGUUGGUUCAGCUUCAGAACUAUUCUAAUUCCAGUUCUUACAGCUGGAAAUCCAUCAUUCGGGCUCUUAAACAUUUGAGGGAGGGAUUCAUAAUAAGGCUUGGUACUGGAGAUGUGUCGAUCUGGUAUGAUAAAUGGCUGGAGUUUGGGAGCUUAGCGUUGAUUCUUCCUGUAGUGAAUAUUGGUGAGAUAGAUAUAUUGGUGAAGGAUAUUGGGGUUGAUGGGAAAUGGAACUUGGAGUCACUAUCUAAGAUAAUUUCUAGUGACAUUCAUUUUGGAAUCUUAGUUAUCCCAAUUCGUGUAGAGCAAGAUCUAAAGGACUGUGUGGUCUGGGAAAAUUCAAUUGCUGGCACUUUAUACUCCUCAUCUUGGGUAUACAUGGCUUCUAAAUAG